GCGCGCGCGCACUUCCACCCUCGCAAUGAGGGGUUCUCUCGCGCGGAUGCUCUGGUUUCAUCUCAGUCUUGAACGCGCGUGUGGUCUUGCUUCUCCCUCAAGAGAAGGGGCGCCCGCGCAAUUUGCCGCCAAGUGACUGUGUGUCUCGGAGGUGCUGAGGAGGAGGAAGAGGAGAAAGAUGUAAGAAGCGCCAGUACACAUCCUCCCGGGGGCGGGGGGCUGAAACAUGCAGAAGGGCAUGAGGCUCAACGAUGGCCAUGUUACCUAUCUGGCGCUGUUGGCCAGGAAGGACGGUACCAGGCGCGGGUGCCUGAGCAAGAAGAGCUCGGACAACACCAAAUGGCACCCCAAAUGGUUCUGCCUGCUGCAGAACAUGCUGUUCUAUUUCGAGAAUGAUUCCAGCUCGCGCCCCUCCGGACUCUACUUGCUGGAGGGGUGCGCGUGCGACAGGGCGCCCUCACCCAAGUCGCCCCCCUCCGCUAAGGAAUUGCUGGAGAAGCAGUAUUACUUUACAGUCACGUUUAAUCAUGACAACCAGAAGGCUUUGGAGCUGCGCACGGAAGAUGUCAAGGACUGUGAUGAGUGGGUCGCCGCCAUCACGCAGGCCAGUUACAGGAACCUAGCUACAGAGCACGAGGCCCUCAUGCAGAAGUAUCUGCACCUACUACAAAUAGUGGAGACAGAGAAAACCGUUGCCAAGCAACUUCGACAACAGAUAGAGGACGGGGAAAUCGAGAUAGAACGGCUAAAAUCAGAGAUUGCGUCACUGCAGAAGGACAACGAGAAGAUCCAGUCCAAUCCGGAGGUACCUCCUAGCGAUGACGACACUGAGAUCCACAAGAUCAAAAAGGUCCAGAGUUUCCUGCGAGGUUGGAUUUGCCGUAGGAAGUGGAAAACCAUCAUCCAGGACUACAUCCGUUCACCCCACGCGGAGAGCAUGAGGAAGAGGAACCAAGUUGUGUUUAGCAUGCUGGAGGCCGAGGCCGAAUACGUCCAACAGCUUCACAUCCUGGUCAACAACUUCCUGCGGCCGCUACGUAUGGCUGCGAGCUCCAAGAAACCGCCCAUCACCCAUGAUGACGUCAGCAGCAUCUUCCUCAACAGCGAGACCAUCAUGUUCCUCCACCAAAUCUUCUACCAGGGCCUAAAGGCCAGGAUAGCUAGCUGGCCCACACUGGUGCUGGCCGACCUCUUUGACAUUUUGCUGCCCAUGUUAAACAUCUACCAAGAGUUUGUGCGGAAUCAUCAGUACAGCCUGCAGAUCUUGGCCCACUGCAAACAGAACCGAGAUUUUGACAAGCUGCUGAAGCAGUACGAGACGAAGCCCGACUGCGAGGAAAGAACGUUGGAGACUUUCCUAACUUACCCCAUGUUUCAGAUCCCUCGUUAUAUCCUGACCCUCCAUGAAUUACUGGCUCACACUCCUCAUGAGCAUGUGGAGAGAAAUAGCUUGGAUUACGCCAAGUCCAAACUCGAAGAGCUUUCGAGAGUAAUGCACGACGAGGUGAGCGAGACAGAGAACAUUCGAAAAAAUCUGGCCAUUGAACGAAUGAUUGUGGAGGGAUGUGAAGUACUGCUGGACACCAGCCAGACCUUUGUCAGGCAAGGAUCUCUGAUCCAGGUGCCCAUGAGUGAGAAGGGCAAGAUCACUAGGGGCCGUAUGGGUUCUUUGUCCCUGAAGAAGGAAGGCGAGAGACAGUGCUUCCUCUUUUCCAAACAUCUCAUCAUCUGCACUCGAGGCUCAGGGGGGAAACUGCACGUCACCAAGAAUGGUGUGGUGUCUCUCAUUGACUGCACACUGAUGGAGGAUCCAGAGGGCACUGAUGAUGAGUCCAAAGGGGAGCGGAGUGGCCAGGACACUGAGCACCUGGACUUUAAAGUGAUCGUGGAGCCUAAAGAUGGGCAGCCUCACACUGUCAUCCUGGUGGCUUCGUCACGGCAAGAGAAGUCGGCGUGGACGAGCGACAUCAGCCAGUGCAUCGACAACAUCCGCUGCAAUGGUCUGAUGAUGAAUGCUUUUGAAGAAAACAGUAAAGUCUCUGUGCCACAGAUGAUUAAGUCCGACACCAGCUUGUACUGUGACGACGUCGACAUCCGCUUCAGCAAGAUGAUGAACUCCUGCAAGGUGCUGCAGAUUCGAUAUGCCAGCGUGGAGCGCUUGCUGGAGAGGCUGACCGACCUACGCUUCCUUUCCAUCGACUUCCUCAACACCUUCCUUCACUCCUAUCGCGUUUUCACCAGCGCGGACGUUGUGCUGGACAAGCUCAUCACUAUCUACAAGAAGCCCAUCAGUGCCAUCCCUGCACGUGCAUUGGAGCUCUUCUUCGCCAGCAGCCAGAACAACAAACUUCUAUAUGGCGAGCCGCCCACAUCGCCACGCGUCAGUCGCAAGUUUUCUUCCCCUCCACCACUCGCCAUCACCAAGACGUCGUCACCCAAUCGCCGCCGCAAGCUCUCGCUCAACAUUCCCAUUAUAACGGGAGGCAAAGCGCUGGACCUGGCCGCGCUCAGCUGCUCCCCAAACGGCUAUGCGAGCAUGCACACCGCCAUGUCCCCCUUCGGUAAAACCGCUCUGGACAUCAACAAGUUGUUUGUGUCCAGCACCAUGGCCAACAAGAACACCGAUGAGGGAGAAGCCAAGACUGAGAGCAAGGCCGAUGAGCCUGUCCUCAACAAGCAAGAUGUUUCAGUGAGAGAGGAAUGUGACGAAGAACCGUGUCAGAGUGACGAGACUGAAGUGGAGAUGUCUCCUCCCAAGUCGCCGUCGACACCCAAGAACGUCAAGUCGAAAAACUCUGAAUUCACGCUGUUCUCCUUCAACAACAGCAUGGUUGUGUCAUCUUGUCGGGAGCUGGACAAUAACCGCAGCGCACUCUCUGCGGCGUCGGCCUUCGCCAUCGCCACAGCUGGUGCCAACGAGGGGGCGCCGACCAAGGAGAAGUACCGCCGAAUGUCCCUCGCUGCCACAGGCUUUUCGACAGACCAGAGGAAUGGAGACAAAGAGUUUGUUAUUAGAAGAGCAGCUACAAACCGAGUCCUGAAUGUACUGCGUCAUUGGGUGUCCAAACACGCCCAGGACUUUGAGUUGAACUCAGAGCUCAAGAUGAGGGUCAUUGGCUUUCUUGAGGAGGUGAUGCAUGACCCAGAACUCCUGACACAGGAAAGAAAGGCGGCUGCUAACAUUAUUAGGACGCUCACACAGGAGGACCCCGGAGACAACCAAGUGACCCUGCAAGAAAUCAUUCACACGGCGAUGGAGGAGUGUAGGAACGAGCCUUUUGAGAGCCACUCUGCCCUGGAGAUCGCCGAACAGCUCACUCUGCUCGAUCACUUGGUCUUCAAGGUCAUCCCGUAUGAGGAGUUCUUUGGUCAAGGCUGGAUGAAGAAUGACAAGAGUGAAAGGACUCCGUACAUCAUGAAAACGACCAAGCACUUCAACGACAUCAGCGACAGGAUUGCCACCGAAAUCCUGCAGUGGGAUGACGUCAACAUGAGGGUGGCGGCCAUCGAGAAGUGGGUGGCAGCGGCGGACAUUUGCCGCUGCCUGCACAACUACAACGCCGUGCUGGAGAUCACGUCGUCGCUCAACCGCAGCGCCAUCUUCCGGCUCAAGAGGACCUGGCUCAAGGUCUCCAAGCAGACGAAGACAGUGAUUGACAAGUUGCAGAAGUUGGUAUCAUCAGAGGGCCGCUUCAAAAACCUGAGGGAGGCGCUCAAGAACUGCGACCCGCCUUGUGUUCCUUACCUGGGCAUGUACUUGACCGACCUGGCCUUCAUUGAGGAAGGAACACCCAACUACACGGAGGACAACCUGGUCAACUUUUCCAAGAUGAGGAUGAUAUCACACAUCAUCAGAGAAAUCCGGCAGUUCCAGCAGACUGCCUACAAGAUCGAUAAUCAACCAAAGGUGGCCAAGUACUUGCUGGACAACAGCUCCGUGCUGGACGAGGAGCGUCUUUACGAAACGUCCUUGAGGAUCGAACCCAAAACAUCAUCGUGAAGAGGCUCGUUCAACUUUCAUAGCAAGUGUACAGAAUGGUUCUAUUCUAUUGUGAUGUACAUACACAUAUACGCCGCGCUCUUCUAGUAUGUUCUCCUCAAUGUCAAAUAUAGAGGCUAAGUAGACACCCAGAGGUUUUAUUUAUAUAGUUGCCAGAGUAUAUGUUAUUUAUGGUCUUAUCUACUGUAUACUUUGAAUUUUUAUUUGAACAGAAGAGAGAGUAUAUAAGUGUGAUAAUUCACAUAUCUUGGGCUGGAUUUACACUGUUGGUCCAAGUGGAAAGUUCCAGUUUAAUUCCGACAAAAUAUCUGUUAUUUUUUGUUUUUUUUUAAGAUUCUCCAUUUCCAUGUUGUACAUUUUAAGUGACAAAUAUGAGCUCUGGCUACGUUUAGGUUACGUGUAGUUUCGAUUUUUAACAGGUGUUUUUCAUGUGUUUAUUUAUGCUUUUUCAGCAGACGGGAUUUGGUUGAAGUCAAUGACCUCGAGCUCGCACUGACUGGGUAUAUCCGAUCUGUGUAUUUACGCUGCACUCGCAUUAUGUUCUAUAUAUCAGGUUCAAAAGACAUUUGUGCAACUUGAGACCAUGAAAAUCUGAAUUGUGUCACUUGAACCAUGCCGUGUAAAUUCCAAAUUCGGUCAGUCGCCUUGAUGUUCAGCAAUGAAAGUUUUGCCUUAAAAGUAUAGCUGCCUUUUGUGAUCAUCAAAUCAAUGAUCAAUAUCAAUACACAAUUAUUUACUGCAUAAGCCUUUAUUGCAUUUGAGAACAGAAAUUACAAUUAAUUAAUUGAAUGCUGAAAAUUUUAGUGAUCUUGUUUCCUCGGUUGUGGUUUCCACCCUUCAAUUGCCUGCUGAAAUUUGACGACCAAUCCUCUAAAUAAUGAAUUUUGUGCAUUGUUACACUCCUCAUAACUACAUUGGACAAUGACAAUCGAUUAUUAAUUUGUGCAAGCCAAAGUCGACGCCCGAUUAAACGCCUUCCCUAAUAGAAGCCAUUUGAGUAAAUAAACACUCCCAUCAACUAAAUGAGGAUAUCCGGUACAUAUUCUUGUUUGCUUGAACCAAAUCAAAUGUUGGGAUGUUUCAUGUAUCCACCGAAUGAUCCUUUUCGCAUUUUACCUGUGGGAAAAACACGGUUGACUUUUGUUCCCACUGUGGACGCAAUGCAAAUCAUGUAGCAAGUUUUAACUCCCAGUGUUUCAUGGAAGAUGACUCUGCCUGGCCAGUGUUAUAUAUAGUUUCAAGCCGUAAUCAUGAAAUUAGCUUUAUAUAUAUAACAUUUGUCUCUCUACUGUACAACACAAAUGUAUGUCAAUUAUUUUGCUGAACUAUUUUGCCAAUGAAACUGAUGGAUAUGUUUUCCCUGUGUACAGCAAACUGUAAUAACUUCUCUGCGUAUGAUACUUCUAAGAGUAACACAUGCUGUCCAUUGCCAUGUACAGUAUUAUAUUAGCAGGACCUAUACGGUAGUAAAAUUGUGUUUAUUCUCUGGAUAUUUCUGAUAUGUAUUUAAAGGCUUUGAUUAGACAAGCGCCUGAAGCUUAAAUGGCACAUAUCUGCUACUUUAUCACGUGUUGAACAUCUCGAUCUAGCAGCACAGUCGUCCUCCCAAAAGGCACAUGAGAUAUUUGCAAUAUGCAGCACUAUGACGACCAAUUGUGUGCCAACCGCUUGAGUCAGUAUUUGAAGUUUUUUUUUUUGGUUGUUGUUUUUUUUCCAAAAGAAAAAACGUGUUUCCUUUCCUGAUUACCUCUUGUUAAUAAAUCUCUUCUUUCUCAGGGGGAGAA